CGUGCCGGCGGAGAUCGGGCAGCUCACAUCGCUGAUGGACUUGGUCUUCUGCGACAAUCAGCUGACGAGUGUGCCGGCGGAGAUCGGGAAGCUCACGUCGCUGGAAAGGUUGGACCUCCGCAGCAAUAAGCUGACGACCGUUCCGGCUGCGAUUUGGCAGCUCACGUCGCUGGAGAGAUUGGAGCUCGACGACAAUAAGCUGACGAGCUUACCGGCGGAAAUCGGGCAGCUCACGUCGCUGAAGUCGUUGUGGCUCGAGCGCAAUCGGCUGAUGAGCUUGCCGGCGGAGAUCGGGCAGCUCGCGUCUCUGGAGAAGUUGUACCUCGGCGACAAUCAGCUGAAGAGCGUUCCGGCUGCGAUCGGGCACCUCACGUCACUGGAGAAUUUGUACCUCAACGACAAUAAGCUGACGAGCGUGCCGGCUGCGAUCUGGCAGCUCACGUCGCUAAAGGUGUUGUACCUCAACGACAAUCAGCUGACAAGCGUGCCGGCUGACAUCGGGCAGGUCACAUCGCUGAGGGAGUUGUACCUCUGGAACAAUCAGCUGACGAGCGUACGGGCGGAGAUCGGGCGGUUCACGUCGCUCACGUUGUUGUACCUCAACGGCAAUCAGCUGGCUAGCGUGCCGGAGGAGAUCGGGCGGCUCACGUCGCUAUCGAGGUUGCUGCUCAACGACAACCAGCUGACCAGCUUGCCUGCCGCGAUACGCGACCUAAGAGCGGCGGGCUGCUACGUGGAACUGGAUGACGACGUGACAGUCGACGAGCACUUCCCAGCGUAGGCGUGUCACGCGAUAGGAGAUUGUACAAUGCAACACGAUGUGAACAGUGCCGCAGCGGUGGUUUCCCCUCGCGGUGACGGGCUAUUGUACGGUCGCUGCGAGGUGAAGACGAUCGCUGAAUCAUCGUUCACAUCGAGUUACUUCUACAUAUGAUAAGCCAAAAAUUGCGAAAUGUUGAGACGAAAACGAAAAUUCU